AUGUCGCGGCCGUUUCCUUACACGUACAUAUCGUGCCCAUGCGCGCAAAAUAGGCCCCCAGAGCCAUCAAAACGGAGCUCCAGAGAGCUGUCGCCAAAGAAACAGUCGUCCCCUCGAAAAAGAACCCAAGAAAUCAAAGAUGAAGUAGAAGAGGGCUCGGACUACGAAGAAGAUGAGGAAUCGGAGCAAACUUUUGAUCCGAAGUCAGCCCGGGCCAAUUAUUCCUUGUAUCCGCCAGAGCAACUCUUAUACUGCGAGGACUGCCACCAGAUAAAAUGUCCAAGAUGUAUCACAGAAGAGAUUGUGUGUUGGUACUGUCCGAACUGUCUCUUUGAAACGCCGAGCAGUAUGGUUCGAAGUGAAGGAAAUCGAUGCGCUCGAAAUUGUUUCAGUUGCCCGAUCUGCACUGGCCCACUCGCUGUUACAACUCUAGAUAAUACUGCGGAACAUGGUACACAACAAGGUCCAUGGAUAUUAGCCUGUGGAUACUGUAUGUGGACGACAUUGGAUAUAGGGAUCCAGUUUCACAAGCCAACAAAUAUCCGGUCUCAACUAUCCAAAAUAUACGAAGAAAAGGGUGCAGUAAAGAGUUCUCGAACCGCCCUCGACUUGAAAUCACCGUUGUCAAAUACCACAUCUGGAACUCUAGACAGCCCAGCUUGGGAAGAUGAAGGGCCUAUUACCGCUACAGCAACGCAAACACAGGAUGGGCAAGUGGAACUAGAUCCAAGCGCAAGGUUUGCAGCACUCAAGAGAUUCUAUACAAAACAGAUUGAGGAUACCUCUAUAUCAGCAACGGACCCUCUAGUAUCAGAUUUCGGAGCAGCAUUUUCAUCGCCCAGCGCGUUGAACCGUAUCAUGUCAAUCUACACUUCAUCGUCUCAUCAUUACGGCGGUAGUGCGAAGAAAGCAAAAUCAAAGCCCCCAGUAAUGCGAGAGGCGCUCACAUCAGACGAGGGUCUCAAGGUGGUUUCUGCUGACAACGAUCAAGUAAUAAUCGAUCGGAUAGCUUCUGAAGACUGUACAUGGGACGAUAUGCUUUCUACCGAGCAAAGGGCAUUCCAAUAUCCUAACGCUCGAUUCAUGGACGAUCUGCGACCACUUCCUGUGUUACUACGAACUAAGCGAUCUAAACGGUGCAAAUCAUGUAAACACAUAUUAGUGAAACCCGAGUUUAAACCUGCAUCGACCCGGUUUAGGAUUCGUCUCAUCGCGCUCAGCUACAUCCCACUUCCUGCAUUGCGCCCCCUUAUGCCGGCGGCUUUACCUGGACAAUCUGUAUCAGCAACAUCGUUGCUACAGCAAAAUCUGGACGCGCUCUCUCCGCUUCGCCCAAUUCAAUACCUUCUCACGUUGAAAAACCACAUGUUCGACCCCGUGCGAGUCACUCUAGCUACACCCUCAGUCACCCCUGGUCGCGUCGCAUCUAAAGUUACUAUUCUCUGCCCGCAAUUCGAACUAGGCGCAAACAGCGAUGUUUGGGACGAGGCGUUACAAGCCGCGCCUACCGCCCCAAGCUCCUCCACAAACCCACUAUCUCGACCAGGCGCUCCUGGGUACGAGAAAGUCGCCGAAGCCGGUAAGGUCUGGGACAAGGGACGCAACUGGACAACCGUUGUUCUCGAAGUAGUCCCCGAUGCAUUACCAGGCACGAACCCAUCGAUACCACUUCCACUAGUGACAAAUACUAGUGACCGAGACGAACAACAAAAGGAAGCAAAAAGCGAGAAUACAGGUUUUCUUCGAGAAGAUGAAGAUGUCCUCGAAAUUCCCAUUUUUGUGCAUUUGGAAUGGGAUGCGGAGAAUCAGAUUGAUCAGGAUGGUCAACAACAGUCGGCGCCUGAUAAGCCGCGUGAGAAGAGUGGUGAGAAACUGGACUUGGUCAAGCGUGAGCUAGCGUAUUGGAUGGUUCUGGGCGUGGGGAGAAUAUCUCCAAAGAUAUUAUAG